UUCCCCUCAGUCAUGGCCGAAACAACAGGAGAGGCACCGCAAGGAAGACCGUUUAACAAAGAGAAAAUGAAAGACAGCCCCGAGGAGGAGGCCAAGCUGGAAAGGCAGCAUUUCUGGAGAAUAAUCGAUGCUUUUAGAUUUUACAGGGUCCAUGUCCAGGAGCAGGUUAAGCGUGCCGAGGGUCAGAUUUUGAGUCUCCCGCAGCGACACCAGGAUUUGCUGCCAGAUGUUUUGUCCAAUCUGGCCCGGAUCAGCCAGUGUGCGGACCACAACCAGGAGAUCCUGCAGGCCGUCGUUCACAACAGCCUCCACAUGUUUGAGAACAUUGAAUACGGCGAGAGGGAAGAUCCGCGGAAGGUGUGUCCAUCUACUACGUUUGACAUGGACAAGCUUAAGUCCACCAUAAAGCAGUUUAUCAGAGACUGGAGCGAGACAGGCCGGGCAGAGAGAGACACCUGCUACCAGCCCAUCAUCGAAGAGAUCCAAAGACUAUUCCCAAAUGAUCAAUAUGAUGUGUCUAAGGUGAGCGUGCUGAUUCCGGGCGCUGGGCUUGGCCGUCUAGCCUGGGAAAUAGCACGGCUGGGCUAUAUUUGCCAGGGCAACGAAUGGAGCUUCUUCAUGCUCUUCUCUUCAAACUUUGUUCUCAAUAGGUGUGAAACGGUGAACUCUCUGACCCUGUACCCCUGGAUCCACCAGUUUAGCAACAACAAGAAAUCCUCUGACCAAACACGACCAAUCAUAUUCCCCGAUGUCAACCCUCAGAGCUUACCUUUAGAUGCAGACUUCUCCAUGGUAGCAGGAGACUUUGUGGAAGUCUACAGUGAAUCAGAUUCCUGGGACUGUGUGGCUACCUGCUUCUUUAUUGACACAGCUCAUAAUGUCAUUGAGUAUGUGGAGACUAUCUGGAAGAUUCUUAAACCUGGUGGAGUGUGGAUCAACCUGGGUCCACUGCUGUACCACUUUGAGAACAUGGCCGAUGAACUGUCAGUUGAACUUAGCUAUGAAGACAUUAGGACAGCGAUUGUUAACGUUGGCUUCCGUAUAGAGGUGGAGAAACCGUCUGUUCAGACCACCUACACAGAAAACGACCGCUCUAUGUUGAGAUACAUUUACGACUGUGUCUUCUUUGUGGCACGGAAACCUGCAGACCUGUACUUUAACGGUCAAGAAGGAGAAGAAGAAGAAGAAGAUGACCAACAACAGAGUUUUCCACCGGCUGCAAAGUCACCACGACGAGAAGGUACCGACAGGCUGACGUGACAGGAAAUCCUUUGACAAAAACAGUAAACUUAGAGGCGAACAUUAGACUGACAAAAUGAAACAGAAAUGGACACGGAAAGAAAGAAAUCAGUGGACAUCAAUUUUACAAUUUGUCCCGUCUAUUUUUUAUGAUGCGUAUCAUGGAGAAAUGUGCUAAACUCCGCGGGCCCUGUGUGAUGUGUAACACCAGGAAAAACAUCUAUAAAUAGUCUACAUCUCUUGAUACCUGGGGUUUGAGAAGAGUCGGUUACCCUUGGUUGCUAUUUUGUUUCAGUGGUUUGUGUGUCGGCUACAAGCCAUGAACAGUAUAUUUCUGUCUACUGCGGUCCUGCCUGCUUGACUGCCUUUGGUCUUAAAAAUUCUCAUCUCCAUUGAUUUUCACUGCCUGAGAGAGUGUGUGAGUGUGAUAGGGUGGUGUGAUGUGAACAUUAGCUUUUGAAAUCUAUUUAUUUUUUUAAAUAUGUUGCCAAUAACUAUUUCUACUCAUUUGCAUUGAUGUCUACUAAUUUGCAUUGAUCAUUGGUCAACACUGAAAAUGUAAUCAAAACAUUAGGCUUUUCGAGAAUACAUUGUUUUAAAGUCGCAGAUGACUUUCAUCGACUUCUGGUUUCUAAUCACACUUUGUAAUAAAGCCAAACAUUAAA